GUAUUACGCGCCUAUUUAUUAAUAUUUAUUGCUUCUUUUGUCACGCAGUUUGUUAGAUGGUUCGUAUCGACGAUGAUCAAUCUUCAGCAUUGUGGCCGCGAUGGUUUACAAGUUGCCGAAGAAUCAAAUAAUUUUGUAUGGCUCGGCAGUGCUUUAACUUGGCAGGGCUGGCUGUAUGUUUAUUCUUUAAACAAAGCCGGAAAAUCCGCUCAUCAUCGUCCGAUGUUUAAUCCCCACGGCAAAUACGUUGUACGAUUAUUUUACAUGGGAUUUUGGCGACGUUUCUUGAUAGACGACAUGAUCCCCGUUGAUAACGGUGGAAACGUACUUUUACCACGUACGGGAAACAAUUUCGAAUUAUGGCCAAUGAUAUUGUCCAAAGCUUUAUUAAAAAUAGCUUCAAUGUCCUGGACGACGAAUAACGAAGUACUAGACUUUCAGCCAGUGGCAUGUUUUACCGGAUGGAUUGGUCUAUCUCUGGAUACAUCCCAUUUGUCUCCAAUGGACAAAUGGGAGUUUUUAACCAAGUACGCCCAGCAUUUCGAGUGGCCCGUUCAGGAACCCGACAAAAACACCGAUAUAUCAACCACAAAGAAAGCAACGGUAUCGAAAAGAGCCAAGCCAAGAGUAAAAAGUAUAAACGCACUCGAAAAUCCGUCACCCGUCGUUCUUUUCGCGACACUGACUGACAUGCGAGACGUUGCGGCUUUAAAUGUCCCAGGAAUAGCACCCUGUUGGAGCCACCCAGUAUAUAUUGAAUUGUCCCGGGACAUCCCACUGGAUCCGACGGAAGUAAUACACCCAUUAAAAAGAUAAUAAUAGCUGUUUCAGCUAUUUUGUUUCUCUC